CUGACUCUUCUCUGUGAUCUCGGACGCCGGUUGCCACAGGAUUACCACAAAACACGGAAGGCGUGUAGCGUGUAGCGUGCAGCGUGGAGGCCAAGAAGGCCGAUCAUGACUUGGACGCGGAACCGAAGGCUGGUCAAUGCACUGAAACUCGAACGUUUUGCAAAGCCGCGCACUUCGCUGCGUUCAAUGGGUGUCAGCAUGGUGGCGAACUUGUCUCAUUUCGUUCCCAGACGGUGUUAUGCGAGCGGUCCUGAGUCGUCCGUCACUGAAGUAGAGAAGAUACUGCUGGACACCAUCAAGGCCACAGGACCCAUAACCUUCGCCACAUACAUGCAAAUGUGUCUAUCACACCCCACCGCCGGGUACUACAUGAAUUACCGCAAUCCCGUACUUGGGCCACAGGGCGACUUCAUAACGAGUCCCGAGAUCAGCCAGGUAUUCGGCGAGCUGCUUGCUGUCUGGCUGUUGUCGCAGUGGCUGAGUGCGGGAGCAUCUAGGCAGAUCCGAUUCGUGGAGCUCGGGCCUGGUCGCGGAACGCUCAUGCACGACGUCCUCCGGGUGUUCUCACAAUAUUCAUUCUCUCGGCCGGCUGUCAAAGAGGUACACCUCGUGGAGACGAGCCGGCCAAUGCGUGCCGCGCAAGAAGCCAAGCUCGGUCCCAUUGCACAGAAGAAUGGGUGGUCUUUGCAUUGGCAUGACUCUGUUGACGACGUCACUCCUGAUGCCGAGAUGUUUACGCUCGUCCUGGCACAUGAAUUCUUUGACGCUCUACCGUUCCAUUUAUUGCAGAAAAUAGAGAAAGGUUGGCGGGAGGUUCUGAUCGCCUCCGGGCCUGACCCCGCGGCAGGGACUAUCCUCAAGUCCGACGGAAGCCCUUCGCUCGAUGUCUCGACCACAAGACCUCUCGUGAGCACCGCGGCACGUUUCCGCCAGGUGCUCAGCCCCACCCCUAUGCCGACCUCCACCCUCCUCGGUCUCUCGUCCCCUCGCUUCCAGAAGCUCCCGGCAGGCUCGCGCAUAGAGGUUUCCCCCGCGGCGUUCAAGAUUUCCCGGAAGAUCGGCGGGCUGCUGCACGACAAGCAUCCGGGCGGAGUCCGGUCUGCAGGAAGCGCGCUGAUAGUCGACUAUGGCGGUAGCAAGGUUUACGGAAACUCCUUCCGCGCAUUCAAGAACCACAAGAUCGUGGACAUCUUUCACCGUCCUGGAGAAUGUGACCUCACGGUGAACGUCGAUUUCAGCUAUCUGGCAGAAGCCGCGGCCGAUUUGGCUACAUCCCACGGACCGAUUUCCCAAGCGGACUUCUUGCUGCGAAUGGGCAUGAGCGCUCGCGUCUCAGCUCUUCAAGCUUCCGCUAAGGACGACCACCGCAAAAAGCAGAUCCAAGCUGCUGCUGAACGGCUCGUGGACCGCACGGGAAUGGGUGCCCAAUACCAGGUCAUGGCCCUCACCGGCAAGCGUACGACCGAAGUGGAGGAGCGGGAGAAGUGGCCGUUCGUUGACUUAUAGACGCACAAAGAUUGGGUCAGACGGUCGUUGUUAGUACCUAUAGGUGCCGCUGCACCAGGCCUAUCCAUCUCCCGUUGGACGCUGUCCAAGUUUCAGACUCCCCUU